CACACAAGAAACUUGCUGGUGGUACCUUUAGAAAACAUGCUGUCAAGGUGAUCGAGCGUGUUGACAAACAAAAAGUGGAUGAGCUUAUGGAUUCUUAUCUACGCCUUUUAUCUGAAACUGAGGUUCAAACAGAUAAACUUUGCAUUGCUGGACAAAAUAUUGAGGAAGGUAUUGUAGACGUAAUUGUUCGACACAAUAUUAAGUGGUUGGUGAUGGGAGCUGCAUUGGAUGAGCAUUAUUCAUGGGCAACAAAUGACGUUAGUAAUAACAGACAAACAAUGCCUCCUCUAGUACAGAUUGAUUCAGAUACUGAGACAAGGAGAUCAGAAAAACUGGAAUCCUCUUAUAUGAGGAGAAGGCUAAGAUAUUGGCGUAGCCUCCUUGAACAAGAUGGUGAGAAAGACACAGGUCAAUCGGAGAGAGAAAUGGUGGAACCAAGAGCAACUACUCAUCUUUCUUCAGGUUCGAGUUCUUCCUAUGGAGAGCAGGUUGGUCCAGAGCCGGCUAGCCCUGAAUUAGUUGGCUUAGAUACCUUAACUUCCUCAAAUGUCGAGGAGAAGAAGCGUGAAGGAAGUGUAGCACGCGAAGUUCAUAGAUAUGAUAAAGCCAUGCAUGAUAUCGGCAAAUCAGAGAGAACCGUCUAUGGGGAAGCUUGGAACGAAUGGAAAGAGGAUGCUAGUACCAUGGAGGCCUUAUGCAAGUUACAAAUCCACCAGUAUCUUAAUUCGAAGAUGAAGAACUCUAAGAAGUCGGCUGCAGCAUCUUCCUCAGCAAAUCCACCAGUGCAUGUCACCUCUGAGCCAGAUCGACUUCAACUUGCUGACGGGGAACCUGAAUCACCUCCUCCUCUCAAUAAUCCGACAACCGCGACGGCUCUUCUUGAGAUCCUCCUUGACUCUAAUCUCGUCACCAAAAUAAGCGACUACGGGAUUUCCCAGCUGAUCCCUAUCGAUGGAGUCGACAAAUCUGAUCCCCACGUGGAUCCACAUUACUUUAUCUCCGCUUCUCACCAGAAGACCUCUCUCUGGCGUACUGAGAGACGUCAAAUGCGCUUGGAGAAUGAUAACAUCAGCGCGGUUCUGGAUAGUACAGCGGGAGAUUGGCCAGUCGCGCGAAGCAAGAAGCUAGCUAAUAUAGCCAUUGGUUGCUGUAAGAAAAACCCGUUGAACCGACCAGACUUACCGAUCGUUCUAAGGGUUAUAGAUCGCAUGAAAGCCUCAGAAGUUCCUUUAUCAGAAGCAGCAUUGUACUCGAAUCAAAAAGUUCAACGCAAGCCUCCUUCUCAUUACCUAUGCCCCAUUUUCCAGGAAGUGAUGAAAGAUCCUUUGAUACCAGCAGAUGGGUUUACUUACCAAGCGGAAGCGAUUAAGGAAUGGUUAGCGUACGGACACAACACGUCGCCGAUGACAAACCUGAAGAUGGAAGAUUGCAAUCUCAUACCUAAUCACGUUCUUCAUCUAGCUAUUCAAGAUUGGCAAAACCAAUGGUGA